AUGGUCGACACCGGGAGCUUUGCCGAUGUGUUAUACCUCGAUGCCUUCAUGAAGCUCGGCUUGACCAAGGAUAACCUCACCCCCAUGGCGUUAGCACUCAAUAGGUUCACGGGGGAUUCUAUCUCCCCGCUCGGGACCACCAUCCUCCCUGUCACCAUUGAGGAAGAGCCAAGAGCAAAGAUGAUAAUGACUACCUUCAUGGUAGUUGAUCUACCCUCGGCCUACAAUGUCAUCCUCAGCCGACCAACGCUCAACAAGUUAAAAGCAAUGUCAUGCUCCCGUCAAAUCUCGGAUCCCCAUGAAGGAGCCGUGACACCGAUGCGGUUGGAGCCCCCCGAGCAACUUACCAAGCUCCAGCUCAUCGAUUUCCUGAGGGAAAAUGCUGAUGUGUUUCCAUGGUCCCCCAAGGAGAUGCUUGGGAUUGAUCUGGGGGUGACCCAGCACCAGCUUAACAUCGACCCCGAGGCUAAGCUGGUGAAGCAAAGGCUAAGAAAGAUAGACCAAUUGGUUGAUGCCACCGCAGGCUAUGAACUCCUUACAUUUAUGGAUGCAUUCUCGGGCUACAACCAAAUUCGGAUGGCACCUCAAGACCAAGAGAACACCGCCUUCAUCACUAGUAGAGGAGUGUAUUGCUACAAAGUAAUGCCUUUCGGCCUAAAGAAUGCUGGGGCGACUUACCAAAGAAUGGUCGACAAGUUGUUCAAGCACCAGCUUGGGAGGAACAUAGAAGUAUAUGUGGACGACAUGAUCAUGAAGAGUAAGACUGCAAGCACGCACCUAGCCGACCUGGUGUAG